AUGCAUGGCUCGCUGCCUCUGGUGAGGUUAAUCAAUGGCUUUUCACAACCCUCGCCUAGUCGGAUUCCUCACUUGACUCUCCACAUUCUUCGUCGACAGACUCCUUCCUCGGCCCAGUGGGAUACAGCACUAUGCCUUCCCAAUGCUCGUUAUCCACGACGUUUCCAGCGUUCAUCCUCCACUACGACCCCCUUCUCCCCCUUCAUAUUGUCCAGGCAGCCGACCUUGCUGGACGAACACGAUGACCUUCCGCCGAUAGAGUAUGAGAUUAAAGAGGUGUCGGCAGCCAAGACCACUCAUGGAGCCAGGAAACUGGUGUCUAUGCAGGACUUGGUGGAAGAGAACAAUCCCGAUCGGAUACUCUUGGGACUGGUGUCUCCUCAAAUCGGAGACGACUUCAUCGAAAAUGCAGACGACCAGACUUUCGCACGUGCCAUAUGCGCCCUGGAUCCCGAGCAUUUUAUUGUGCCUUACGGAAAACUAUUUCGCUACUUGAAGCCGAGUCUAGAGACUCAGCCCAAGUUUCGGAUCGUUAGAUCAUUGGAAGAGCGUGUGGCUACAUUUAUCAAUAUUCUCGAUUCCCUGGUCACCCAACGACAAAAGCGUGGCCAUUCCCUUGGCCUCGACGUUUAUCGUCAUCUGUUACGGUGCACAGCGGCAGCUGGGGUGGGAUCGUUUGCUAGGAAUGUGUUCCGCAAUGCCAUGAGGGAAGACGGUAUUGAACCUGAUUUGGAUUGUUAUAACUACUUUAUGGAGGCCCUCACCUGGAACGAAGCAUAUAACAGGCACGAAAGGUAUCGUUUACGGAUAGUCCGGCAUAACAUGCUUCGUCGGUCUCUGGAGACGAGACCGCUUGGAUUCUUUGGUCAUGGAGUCGCCUCGCCUCAAAAUCCAAAAAAUGAACAAUCCAUCAGGCUCGAAACACUGGGUAUCUUCAAUGAGCUCGUGAAUCAGGGGUUGAACGGCAAUGAAGCAACUUUCUGCAAUCUCGUGGUCGCAAUGGGUCGUGAAGGAGACCUGGGCAGCGUCAAGAGCGUCCUCAAGUCGGUUUGGAAUAUAGAUGUUGAUGCUCUGGACAAGUACGACGAGGAGGAACUGGAGAGUCCGACAUUUUACGAAGAGGGCUCACCACUUCGGCCUUCUGCACGGCUCUUAUUUACGGUAGUCCAUGUUUUCGGCACGAACAAUGAAGUCGCAUUGGGGGGCAUGCUCCUCGACUACAUCUCGCGCAACUACAAUCUGGAAAUUCCCGAAUACAUCUGGACGCAUUUACUGGAGUGGACUUUUGUGCUCUCAAUCCAGCACAAAAAGGCCAGGAUCGAAAGAGGACAUGGCGAAGGUCGCAUUGCACGAAGGGCGGUCGAGUCGGUGUAUCACGUCUUUCACAACGAACCAUACAAUGUCCGACCAAAAAUUGAGGAUCUGAUAUUUCGAGUCAAAGCCAGAUCCGAAGCAAGGAAGCUCUACAAGGCUGUUGAGGAUCUCCGCCAGUGUAUGAUCCUGCUUGAGGAGGAACGAACCCACCUCUCCGAAAUGUAUGACCAAAUCCGACACCUUCUCGAAGACGCAGAUUAUCAUUACAUCUUCUAUGAUGGCUUGCCUUCCGGUGCGUUCCUUGAUCUAAAGCACAAGUAUGUGCUUGCUUCCCUUCAGCUGGAAUGCCACAUCCAACUCAUCUCUGUUGCUGUGCGCAACACCAUCAAGCGCAAAGACUGGACGUCUCAUGACGAAGGCACCGACUGGCCCUACCGAGGUAUUCCCAACAUCGUCGCAGAGUGGACAGAUUGGCUGCCCAACAUCAUCCCCUAUUACAUUCCCACCGGUCACGUGUGUAUCUGGGGAAGGGAGUCGCGGCACGCGGCCAUCCAGAGUGCGAACUCCCUCCAGACGACCAGGACAGGCACGAUGCGUAUGCUGCUGGACUCUUAUUCACCAACUCGUCUCCGGCACGCGGCGGGGUUCAUUCAUCGCGGACCCAAAACCAACGCUCUGGCUAAAUUUCAAGACGAAGUCCGCAGUGAUUCCUCGGGCCGCCUGAGUGAUUGGGUACUCCGGUUCGAGGCGGCUGUCCGUCAAGAGAGGUUGAACGAUCGCCCCGUCGUGGGUCCGCAGGUACCCGGGCCGGAUCAUAACAGCGGAGAGUGGACGCCUUGGGGUGGGACGGCGGGGAAAGGGAGGACAACAGAGCGUGGGCGUCGGAAAGAGGCUUCUGUGACGACCUCAAGGGAUGAUGAGUGGGAGGAGGAGGACGAACAUGAAGAAGGGGAAAAGCAGAAGGAGUUGAUGUGA